UAACUUGGGACACCCCAGUCCAACACCGGCAUCUCCAAAUCGUAAUCUAUGUGCAACCUGUGGGCACUGAUUUCCCGGACACUGUAAUAUCCGCUGGGGUGAGGCGGACCAACAAUAAUGUGGGUUAGCGGCGACUGACAAUGACGCACGGAGGUCAGAGUUGACGGCUGGUUACUAUGGCGGCGUUAACCAUGUUCAGUAGGUCGUAUCUCUCGACCCAGGGACUUGGAGUUUGGCUUAUUCCCUGCUCGGUGGUUCGGUGCUUUGGAGCCGGGAUACGGUCUGCUGUACUAAGCAGACAUGCUGUGAAAGCUGGAGUACCGUUCCCCGGAGCGAAAAGCUUUAGUGAGAGCGCCUCAGGGUCGGCGGCUGGGCCCGGGGCGGAGCUGCGGGUACAUCACCUGGAGGCGGAGUUGGCAGGAAUUGUUGUAUUUGGAAUAAACCGACCACAGUCGAAAAAUGCAAUCAGCAAAAAUCUUGUGGAAAUGAUGUCGAAAGCUAUAAAAGAAAUUAAAUGUGAUAAAAAUGUUCGAACAGUUGUACUGCGCAGUGAGGUACCAGGAAUAUUUUGUGCAGGUGCUGAUUUGAAAGAGCGAGCAAAAAUGCAUCCAAGUGAAGUUGGUCCAUUUGUUUCCAAAGGAAGAAAUUUAAUUAAUGAGCUAGGUAACCUCCCAAUGCCCACAAUUGCUGUUCUUGAUGGAGCUGCCUUAGGAGGGGGCCUAGAAAUGGCUCUGGCUUGUGACAUUCGUGUGGCUGCUACCUCUGCAAAAAUGGGACUUGUCGAAACAAAAUUGGCAAUUAUUCCAGGUGCAGGUGGCACACAGCGUCUUCCUCGUAUUAUAGGAGUAUCCUUGGCAAAGGAACUUAUCUUUUCUGGACGAGUGCUUGAUGGUACUGAAGCCAAAGCAAUUGGUCUUGUUAGCCAUGUUGUGGAACAGAAUGAAGCAGGAGAUGCAGCCUAUCACAGGGCAUUAUCUCUCGCAAGAGAAUUCAUACCUCAGGGUCCUAUUGCAGUGAGAUUAGCAAAACUAGCCAUCAACCGAGGGAUAGAGGUUGAUUUGAAAACUGGUUUAGCAAUAGAAGAGGCCUGUUACGCUCAGGUCAUUCCAACAAAAGACAGGAUUGAAGGACUUAAUGCUUUCAGAGAAAAGCGACUGCCCCGAUACACGGGGGAGUGAUAAUAAGACAUUGAAAGAAGGCUUCAAUUGGAUGGAACACAAAAUAUAAAAGCUGAUUUAUGCUAUUUCCAUCUGUUCAGAAAUGACUUCAAGAUAUACCGAUAAGAGCCAUAAUAUGUACGAUUUUGAGCAUCAUGCUUUUAAGAAAAAUACAAGACAUUGUUCUGUUUUUCUACCUUGAACAUUUACUAUGUGAUUCUUUUACAUUAAAAUCUUUUAAUUUAAACAUGCCAAUGAUAAACCCAAUAUUGUAGCCUAUGUCUGUAUUCUCCACAAUUGUCCAAGAAAUGUCAGUGUUUUUGUAAGAGUGCACAUUUUACAUUUUAUUUUGAAUUCAUCCCUUAUUUCAAAUUUAUUUUGUUGAAAAUAAGUUUAUGCUAAAAUGUCAUGGGACAUAAUUAUUUGAAAGGUGGUGCUGCAUAUAAGAUUAAUUUCAGAAACUUGAACCCUACCUUGUCACCAAAUUGCCAUUGUUUUAGCUUUGUGAAAAUGUAAUGUUUGACUACAGAUUUAAGCAUUUUGGUCCUCUUAAACUGGAAUGAACCCUAAAUUCUGAACAUGUAACAAAGUUCUUUUCAAAUUAAAAAGGGCAGAAUUGUAUCACUUGUUAGCAUUGCCUUUGAAAAACAUGUUAAUGAUAAUUUGGUAGCAUUAUUUAAAAACAAUAACUUACUUGAUAAUGUUGUAUCAUUUGCAUAUCAAUAUUCUAAGUUUCUGUAUUACUACUGCCACUGACAGGUUAGUAGAAAGACCAUAGGAAGUUAAUAGAAAUAUACAAAACUGGAUAUUUUGUUAAUGCAAGAUUGUAAAAAUGGCACCCAAAAGGACAUUUGGAGGUCUGCUAUCUUGAUAAUUCAGAAACCCCUGCUGUACUAAAAAGCGAGCUAAAUGCUUUUUGUCAUACUUCAUGUGGUGUAUGACUGAAGAUUUUGUCAUCCUCCAUGUCUUAUGCUCUUCAUGGCAAUGUAAAACCUGAGAGGGAGUGAAAAAAAGACUUGUUACCUUUAGUGGCUGGAGGGAGCUAACAUAGCACACAUUAUCUAAUUUUGUUCAGUGAUCUAUUCAAAUUGAAAAUCUUCCCAGACAUUGGUCUUGGAAACAGGCAUAAACCGGGAGCUGAUGAUCUGUUUAGGGAAUCCAUCCCUCAGUGUCAAAGAAUUAGAUAAUCUUGUUACCAAAUUUUAAAUGCAGAGAACCUGAAUGAGAAAAUAGUUGAUAUAUAUUCAGUGUCAUGUACGAUACUUUUGCAAUUUGAAUAUGAAAUGGCUGAGUGAAAUUUCAAUUGGAUCACGUCGCACAAUUAUUGAUAGCUUCUAUUUGUAGUCAGUUUCUAAGGCAGUUUUCUAAGUGUCGGUUCUUAUCGGCUCAUGAUUGUGGAAUUGAAUAUUUUUCAAAGUUUUGGUCAUAUAUCUAUAUCGACAUCUAUUUAAUUUGUAAAUGUCUUGAUAAGUCACUGUGUUGGGGAAUCCAUAACAUUUCACAUAUCUUUCGUUGAAUUUAAACAGAAAGGUCUUGCUGGAAAUAGAGGAGUAUGUACUCAACAAAUGUAUGUUCUAAGUGUAAUUAAAAUUUAGAUAUUAGUA